AUGAAAAUAUAUUAUUUAUUUGUCUUAUUUAUAAUAAUAGAAAGAAUAAAAUUAAUUGUGAAUGAAAAUAUUAAUGAAACAAAACCAUAUAAUUUAGAGAAUCGUGAUUUUAAAAAAGAUAUAGAAGAAUUAGAUUUAAGCGGUUUAGAGGAUGAUAUUGAAAAUAUUGAAGAAAUAGCUAAUAAAGACAACUAUAGUUACAUAACCCAGAUAUAUGUUUAUGUUAGAAUUGACAAUGAAUAUGAAAAGUAUUUAAAUCACUUAGAAUUUAUGAAGUUAGGAGAAAAAUAUAUGACAUUAUUACAGAACGCAAUGUUACAUGUUCAACUUAAAAAAACAGGAAAAGGAAUUUUUACUUGCUAUUAUGAAAAUAAAGCUAUUACUGAGGAUUUAGCAACUUAUUUUUUGAUUCAAAAAGAAAUAGAUUUUAUUGAAGUUGGUUUUGAUAAAAGAUUUCCAGAGGGAAGAAAUUCACCUAUAAUAGAUAUUGAUAAGAGAACAUCUAAGGUAGAAAAAAAUGAAGAGUUAUAA